AGGCGGCACCGCAGGCGCCCGCCGACCCCCGGAUCCCCUCUCCCGGGCCGGGCAGGUUUUGAGCUCAAGGCGCCCAGGAUCAAAAGAUCGCCGCCCGCCCGCCCUCGGCUUCGCACCUCCGGCCGUCCAGCAGGAGGGGGACCCCCUCCACCCGCCGACCUGACCUGGUCAUGGCGUCCAGCUCCGGCCUGGCGUGAGGACCCCCGGCCCGCGCGAGCUGUGACCCUCUCUCCACAGGGAGCCCCCAUCCCAGACCACACCCUUGAGCCUGAGCCUGAGCACGUUCUCCGGAGUCCGAGCUCCAGUACCGAGCACCUGGCUGGGCCCCGGGCACGCACAGGGGCCGUGGUCCCACUGUGUUUGGGAGCCAUGAGGAUCCUGGCUAACAAGACAAGGUUACCCCACCCCAGGAGGAGAGAAGCUCCAGGGAGCCCGCCGCUGUCCCCCCGCGGCCACUGCCCCCCUGCCCCAGCCAAACCAAUGCACCCAGAAAAUAAGUUGACCAAUCAUGGCAAGACAGGGAAUGGCGGGGCCCAAUCACAGCACCAGAAUGUGAACCAAGGACCCACCUGCAACCUGGGCUCCAAGGGCGUGGGGGCAGGGAGCCAUGGGGCCAAGGCCAACCAGAUCUCACCUAGCAACUCAAGUCUGAAGAACCCCCAGGCAGGGGUACCCCCCUUCAGCUCACUCAAGGGCAAGGUGAAGCGGGAGCGUAGCGUGUCGGUGGACUCUGGAGAGCAGCGGGAGGCUGGGACCCCAUCUUUGGAUUCGGAGGCUAAAGAGGUGGCGCCUCGGAGUAAGCGGCGGUGUGUGCUGGAGCGCAAGCAGCCGUACAGCGGGGACGAAUGGUGCUCUGGCCCCGACAGUGAGGAGGAUGACAAGCCCAUCGGGGCCACCCACAAUUGUAAUGUAGCAGACCCAGCUAUGGCGGCCCCACAGCUGGGUCCUGGCCAAACUGCCCAACUGCCCCUCAGUGAGAGCAGCGCUCCGGGCCCCCCUCACGGGCCCCCAGCAGGCCUACGCACAGAUGCCCCGGGAGGCGGGGGUGGCGGCGGGAAUGUGCCCGGAAAGCCUCCGUCCCAGUUCGUGUACGUCUUCACCACCCACCUGGCCAACACGGCUGCGGAGGCCGUGUUCCAGGGCCGCGCAGACUCCAUCCUGGCCUACCACCAGCAGAAUGUGCCCCGGGCCAAGCUGGACCAGGCCCCCAAAGUGCCACCCACCCCAGAACCGCUACCCUUGAGCACGCCGUCAGCAGGCACCCCACAGUCCCAGCCGCCCGCCCUGCCGCCUCCCCCGGCCCCUGGCAGCGCCCCCCCGGCUCUGCCUCCAGAGGGGCCCCCCGAAGACACCAGCCAGGACCUGGCCCCCAACUCGGUGGGUGCUGCCAGCACAGGCGGCGGGACCGGGGGCACCCAUCCCAAUACCCCGACAGCUGCCACCGCCGCCAACCCUCUGCCUCCUGGAGGAGACCCCAGCGGUGCCCCGGGCCCAGCCCUGCUGGGGGAAGCCACUCCCACCGGAAACGGGCAGCGCAGCCUGGCUGGCUCCGAGGGUCUGUCCAAGGAGCAGCUGGAGCAUCGCGAGCGCUCCCUCCAGACCUUGCGAGACAUCGAGCGGCUGCUGCUCCGGAGCGGAGAGGCAGAGCCCUUCCUCAAGGGGCCCCCGGGAGGAGGCGGCGGCGAGGGGGGGCCCCCAGCACAAGCCCCCCCAGUCCCCCAGCCGCCGCCCUCCGGCCCUCCCAGUGGGCUGAAGAAGUACGAAGAGCCCUUGCAGUCCAUGAUUUCACAGACACAGAGCCUGGGGGGCCCCCCGCUGGAGCAUGAAGUGCCCGGGCACCCCCCGGGGGGGGACAUGGGGCAGCAGAUGAACAUGAUGAUGCAGAGACUGGGCCAGGACAGCCUGACGCCCGAGCAGGUGGCCUGGCGCAAGCUUCAGGAGGAAUACUACGAGGAGAAGCGGCGGAAGGAAGAGCAGAUCGGGCUGCACGGCGGCCGCCCCCUGCAGGACAUGAUGGGCAUGGGGGGCAUGAUGGUGAGGGGGCCCCCGCCUCCCUACCACAGCAAGCCCGGGGAUCAGUGGCCCCCUGGGAUGGGCACGCAGCUGCGGGGACCCAUGGAUGCCCAGGACCCCAUGCAGCUCCGCGGUGGACCUUCCUUCCCUAGCCCUCGCUUCCCAGGCAGCCAGAUGCAACGGAUGCCCGGGUUCGGGGGCAUGCAGAGUCUGCCCAUGGAGGUGCCCAUGAAUGCCAUGCAGAGGCCUGUGAGGCCGGGCAUGGGUUGGACUGAAGACUUGCCCCCUAUGGGGGGACCUGGCAAUUUUGCCCAGAACGCGGUGUCCUACCCAGGUGGGCAGGGUGACUCGGAGAGGUUCAUGACCCCCCGGGUGCGGGAGGAGCUGCUGCGCCACCAGUUGCUGGAGAAGCGGUCGAUGGGCAUGCAGCGGCCCCUGGGCAUGGCGGGCGGCGGCAUGGCGCAGAGCAUGGAGAUGGAGCGGAUGAUGCAGGCGCACCGGCAGAUGGACCCCGCCAUGUUCCCCGGGCAGAUGGCUGGUGGCGAGGGCCUGGCGGGCACUCCAAUGGGCAUGGAGUUUGCCGGAGGCCGGGGCCUCCUGAGCCCCCCGAUGGGACAGACUGGGCUGAGGGAGGUGGACCCGCCCAUGGGGCCGGGCAACCUCAACAUGAACAUGAACGUGAACAUGAACAUGAACAUGAACCUGAACGUGCAGAUGACCCCACAACAGCAGAUGCUCAUGUCACAGAAGAUGCGGGGCCCCGGGGACAUGAUGGGACCCCAGGGCCUCAGUCCUGAGGAGAUGGCCCGGGUGCGAGCCCAGAACAACAGCGGCAUGAUGGGCGGCCCGCAGAAGAUGCUCAUGCCUUCGCAGUUUCCCAACCAGGGCCAGCAGGGCUUCUCUGGGGGCCAGGGACCCUACCAAGCCAUGCCUCAGGACAUGGGCAACACCCAAGACUUGUUCAGCCCUGACCAGAGCUCAGUGCCCAUGGGUACUGUGGGCACCACCCGGCUCAGCCACAUGCCUCUUCCCCCCGUGUCUAAUGCCCCUCCUGGCCCUGUACAUCCUGCGCCCAGCCGGGGCCUCGGCCGAAGGCCUUCAGACCUGACCAUCAGUAUUAACCAGAUGGGCUCGCCGGGCAUGGGGCAUCUGAAGUCACCCACGCUUAGCCAGGUGCACUCACCCCUGGUCACCUCACCUUCCGCCAACCUCAAGUCACCCCAGACUCCCUCGCAGAUGGUACCCCUGCCUUCCGCCAAUCCUCCGGGACCUCUCAAGUCGCCCCAGGUCCUCAGCUCCUCGCUCAGUGUGCGUUCGCCCACCGGCUCACCCAGCAGGCUCAAGUCUCCUUCCAUGGCGGUGCCUUCUCCGGGCUGGGUGGCCUCACCCAAGACAGCCAUGCCCAGCCCCGGAGUCCCCCAGAAUAAGCAGCCGCCUCUCCCCAUGAACUCUUCUUCCACCUUGGGCAGCAUGGAGCAGGGUACUCUCCCGCCCAGCGGCCCCCGGAGCAGCUCCUCAGCGCCUCCUGCCAACCCUCCCAGCGGCCUCAUGAACCCCAGCCUACCGUUCACUUCCUCCCCAGACCCCACCCCUUCCCAGAACCCCCUGUCCCUGAUGAUGUCCCAGAUGUCCAAGUACGCCAUGCCCAGCUCCACCCCGCUCUACCACAAUGCCAUCAAGACCAUUGCCACCUCAGACGACGAGCUGCUUCCCGAUCGGCCCCUGCUACCCCCGCCACCGCCACCGCAGGGCUCCGGGCCAGGCCUCAGCAACAACCAGCCCAGCCAGAUGCACCUGAACUCCACUGCUGCCCAGAGCCCCAUGGGCUUGAACCUACCAGGCCAGCAGCCCCUGUCCCACGAGCCCCCACCCGCCAUGUUACCCUCUCCCACCCCUCUGGGCUCCAACAUUCCACUGCACCCCAAUGCACAGGGGACAGGGGGCCCCCCUCAAAACUCCAUGAUGAUGGCCCCAGCAGGCCCAGACUCCCUGAAUGCUCCCUGUGGGCCCGUGCCCAGCUCCUCCCAGAUGAUGCCCUUCCCUCCUCGGCUGCAGCAGCCCCAUGGUGCCAUGGCCCCCACGGGGGGCACGGGUGGGGGGCCCGGCCUGCAGCAGCACUACCCCUCAGGCAUGCCUCUGCCCCCCGAGGACCUGCCCAGCCAGCCGCCAGGCCCCAUGCCCCCGCAGCAGCACCUGCUGGGCAAAGGCAUGGCUGGGCGCAUGGGCGACAGCUACCCGCCGGGGGUGCUCCCUGGGGUGGCAUCAGUGCUGAACGACCCCGAGCUGAGCGAGGUGAUCCGGCCCACCCCGACGGGGAUCCCUGAGUUCGACUUGUCGAGGAUCAUCCCCUCUGAGAAGCCAAGCAGCACCCUUCAGUACUUCCCCAAGAGCGAGAACCAGCCUCCCAAGGCCCAGCCCCCCAAUCUGCAUCUCAUGAACCUGCAGAACAUGAUGGCGGAGCAGACCCCCUCUCGGCCCCCCAACCUCCCGGGCCAGCAGGGAGUCCAGCGGGGGCUCAACAUGUCCAUGUGCCACCCCGGACAGAUGUCCUUGCUGGGCAGGACAGGUGUGCCCCCACAGCAGGGCAUGGUACCCCACGGCCUGCACCAGGGGGUCAUGUCCCCACCACAAGGCCUCAUGACCCAGCAGAAUUUCAUGCUGAUGAAGCAGCGGGGGGUGGGGGGCGAGGUCUACGGCCAGCCCCCCCACAUGCUCUCCCCGCAGGGCUCGCUCAUGGGCCCCCCGCCCCAGCAGAACCUCAUGGUGUCUCACCCCCUGCGGCAGCGCAGUGUGUCUCUGGACAGCCAGAUGGGCUACCUCCCUGCGCCCGGCGGCAUGGCCAACCUGCCCUUCUAGUGGUCCCCGUGCGGGGCCGGAGCUGGGCAACACUGCAAAGAUGCUAACCUUCCGAGUCUCUUCCCUCCUGUGUGGGAUGGUCUGCGUCCGGGGGUGGGGUUGGGUGGGCGGGGCCUCGUGUGGGGGAGUGGCAUUUGUGGAAAUCAGAUGUGCUGGCAGCUUAGAGGAAGUGGCGGAGUGGUGGGGGGGAGAGGGGUUGGGGAUUGGGAUUUGUUCCUUCAUUUUGGCCACCAGGACAGCCCCUCCUCCACCCCUCCAGUUCCUAUGGAAUCUGUAUUCCCUCUGUCCUCGGUUCUCUCUCACCUCCCAGCCUUUCAGCUAUGCUUCCGGUCCUUGGGGGAGAGGAGGAGAGGAAGGGUCUCUUCUCCCUCAGUCCCUUUGUCUGCUAUCUCCUCAUUGCUUCAGCUCCACUCCCCCCCCCCCACCUUACUCUGCUCUUACCUGUUUGUUUUUGCCUUCUGUCUUUUCCUUCCACCAUCCCCUCACUCACCCCUGCAGGCGGCUGGCCGGGUGGGCAGGUGCCAGCCGGAGCUGUAAAUAGAGCACUGAGCUUUUGUGCCGGUUUGUGCGUGUGCUGUAUUUCUGUGUUUUAUAGAAGUCACCCCCCCCAAAAAAAAAAGAAGGGUAAAGGAAACCCUUCCCCCCUUUGCAAAUAGUUGCCCCUUCCAUUCCCUUGGACCCAGAGACACCGUCCUACACAUCCACCCCGGAAAGGAGAGAGGAUCUGCCCCACACCUGAAUGAGGUCAGACCACCUGCUGGUGAGCUGCAGCCGGGCUGAGGCUCCAGGGCGGAGUGACAAGGGGCCCCACCUCCCGUCGUGGGUGUCUGGGUGCCCCUGCUGCUACAUCUUAGCCGGAACUUGAAGCCCUUUGUCCCCAGUCUGGGGUGAAGGGAAGGAGGAAGGGGCAGCGACUGUGUGGCCCCCUUGAGUGGAGCCAUCAGAGGGGGUGGCAUGAUGCUGCAGGAGCUCUGGGCCACUGAACCCCCAGGGUCCCAACUCUCCCAGAAACCACCAAAGAGGAGCAGGGUUUGGCUGAGUCAGUCUGCCUCCUCCCUUUCUAGUCUCCACCCCCAAGGACUGAGUUGCAGAAGUGUGUGUGUGUGUGUGUAUGUGUGCGCGUGUGUGUAUGUGUAUGUGAAGGGGAACUAGAGAGCACCCCUCUGCCUCUGCCUGUCUACUCCUUGGCAAAUCCUUCUGCCCAGGGCUCAGGGCCAUGUACCAGACCUGUCUCGACACCCACCCAGGCGCAGCCACUGCCUCCUCCUUAGUCCUCUCCCUGUUUCUUCCCAGCCCGCCACUGGUCAGAGCCGAAGCCAUACAUGACUGGGCGUUUUGCCCCACUUGACCCCAGGAGUAAAGACCUUUUGCUUCCUUCCCUGCCUUGUGAGGUGGCAGGGCCGAUAUCGGGCUGGGGUCUUUGCUGCCCUGCCUCUAGGGCCAAGGGCCAUUCUAGACAGCGUCCUCUCCCAGGGCCCGUCCCAGCCUUCCUGACCUGCCCGCAGGGUCUGGGCUCACCUUGGCAGCUGUAAUACAAAGGGAAUUAGUGCCCACUUCUCCCAGUUGGUGCUGUCCUCUUGGUCCACCAUCAGCCAGGUCACAUGCCACUUCCUUCUCCAGGACUAGCUGCAGGCUCCUGACUCCCUAAUACCUCCCAGAGGCCAUGGCCAGGGCCUCUGUGUGGUGGGGGGGUCCUGCCCUCCCUCCUGGCAGGCACUCUGUCGUGUCCUGCCUCGACCUGGGCCCUCACCCCUGUCCUACAACUGCCCAAACUGUCCUGCUCUGUUUCCUGCCCCGAAGAGAGGCCUCAGACCACAGAGGCCCUCCUGGCGUCCUCUUCUCCUACCACUAGCUCCCAAGGGAAACUCCACAGGCCAGCCUUCUUCCCUCCAUCCAUGGCCAUGCCCCUCGCCAUUUUGUACCAUUAUAUAAAUAUAUAUAUAUAAAUAUAAAUAUAUAAAUACAAUAUGUGAAGACAUCUUCGUUUUUAUUUUGAAACAAUUUUUAGGCUUGUUCCGGGGGUCUCUGUGCUGCCUGUACUGUAUUGACCUGUUUUAUAGGUGCCUUUUUAUUAAAAAGAGAAAAUUCAGAAU